UCAAAGAUAAUUCGAAAAAUGAAGAGGAUAAUUAAACGGAACUUCAAGAAGUGGCGAGAAAGCGCCAACACGGCCUAGUUACCAAUUAUUUACAUAAAACAAACAUGAUCACAAAUGGCUAGAAUUGCGCUAAUUUUAAUUUGUGGUUAUAUUUUAAACAGAAACUUCAUUAGUGGCUAUUUAUGCAAAUAACCCGAAGAACCCUAAAGGCGCCAAAUUUUUUUAGAACUUUCCAAAACAGGCGCGGAAAAUACAUUAUAGCCAUAGGUAUUGAGUGGUAUGACGCAUUCUUUCACUUUUGGCCUCACCAGAACAUUGCGGAGGACUUUAAAAGUGGAGGAAAAUUUGUUUUCCAGCAUAAGCUUUGUACCAAAGGCAAUUUCUACUUUUCCAAGAAAAUUUGGAUCUUGGGCAGCUUGGUUUUCGUUGAAGUCUAGCUUGGAGUUUAAGUUACCUUUUAAGCCUUUAAGACAUAUUCAUAUGGAGAACAAAGAGAGCAGCAGCCCCAGAGGUGCCUUAAUUGUUUUAGAAGGGCUGGAUCGCUGUGGAAAGACGUCCCAGUCUGGCAGACUGUACAAGUAUUUGCUUGAGCAGGGACAUUCAGUUGAGUCGUGGAGAUUUCCUGACAGAAAUACAGGUGUCGGGCAAAUGAUUUCUUCUUAUCUUACUAACGAAUCACAGUUGGAAGACCAUGCGAUCCAUCUUCUCUUCAGUGCAAAUCGUUGGGAGAAGAGAUCAUUAAUGGAGGAAAAGCUGAAGACUGGAACUACUCUCAUCGUUGACCGCUACUCUUAUUCUGGGGUGGCAUUUUCCUCUGCUAAGGGACUUGAUAUUGGAUGGUGUAAGGCUCCAGAAAUAGGGUUGUUAGCUCCAGAUCUGGUUGUAUAUCUCGACAUAUCACCUGAGAAAGCUGCUGAAAGAGGAGGUUAUGGAGAUGAAAGAUAUGAGCAGCUUGAGUUUCAGAAAAAGGUGGCUGGAUCUUAUUUGGCACUUCGUGAUUCCUCGUGGAAGGUUAUCGAUGCAACCCUUUCGAUUGUAGAUAUAGAGAAGAAGCUCAGAGAAGUUGUUCUUGAUUGUAUGAUGACAUGCCACAAAGGGAAACCAUUGUCUCAGUUAUGGCGAUGUUAGGUCUAGUGAAUGUUUGCACGAAUGAUAUGUAUAACUUCUUGUUACUCUGUAUUAUUUGGAUGUAUUCUGUAUUUGAACUUCUUCAAGAUUUCCUUGGAAGAGCGGAGUGCUUCAUGCUUAUAGAUCCCUGUUAUGUUCAUGCUGUGAUACCAGUGUUUUUACCUUGGUGGUGAUUGUUUGAAGUUCUAUUUUGGUAAGUGGCGUAAACGAAAGGAUGCAAAUAUUCAUGUAAAAGAUAAUUGCACUGUCCAUUAUAUUAAAAGAAUUUGUAUGUUUUAAGUAA